AUGGAAACCACCCGCUCAGCUUCGCCUUCCCCGGCAGUACCUGCCACGGGGGAGGCAGACACGCCUGCCGUGCAAAAGAAGCAGGAGGCAGCUUCGUCGCUGCCAUCGCACAACGACCCCAGGAGUACAAACACAGAUGCCCCUCCUCCUUCUGCCACCUCGCAACCAUCUGACCCUGACCCCAACAUCAACACUUACCCACACUCGUCCAACGACUACGACGACGACCAAUACAACUACACUUACUCUGACGAGGAGCACUUGGACACAUCUUCUAUUUGCUCCUGGGAAGAAGAAGACGGCAACUGGGAACGAGACCCUGACAACGAAGACACCAUGGGCGGCUCACGACGCCCCCACGGCCAACGCCGCCGCACCCAAACCGACCUCACCGGCGUCUUCUCUCUCGAGGAGAAGAACGAGAUCAUCAAGCUGGUCUCUGACGUUUUGGACAACAUGAAGGAUCAAAUCAGCAACAUCUUCCAUUCCCCUCCCAUCACACCGGCAUCUACCGAGAACCCCCAGCACUCAUGGCUGUCGCUUUCACUGCUCAAGGGCAGAGGCUCCAAGCCCACUCCCUCUCCCCAACCACAGCCCCAACUCGCCGGCAAGGAGAAUCCCACCUCAUCAUCUGGCGGAGACGGUGCCAGUAAGACGUACGCUAAGGCCCACGAGAUUGUCGAGAAGGAGGAAAAGGAGGCCAUGACGCCCCAGCUGCAGGAGCUCAAGAAGGAGUGUCUCGUCGUCUUCACCAAGUGGCAGGGCAACGUCUUGCUCCGCGUCAAGGACAUCUCGGUCAAAGACCCUGACGCUGCCGAGGCCCCUGCCGCCCGUGGUGGUCGAGGUGGUCGCGGAUCCCGUGGCGCUCGCGGCGAUCGUGGUGCACCGCAAGGAGGUCGUGGCACGCCGCGCCGACGCGGUAGAGGCGGCAACCUCAGUGUCAAGACCGGAGGCCCGCCGGCUAGCCGUCAGCCUGAGACCGACCCCUGGCUCAUGCGGCGAUUCCCUCCGAUUUCCACAACCCUGUCUUCCCUUCCUGUUGAGCGUCGCAAGCUCGUCCUUCACACAGUUCUCCUGCUCUUGCUAUCUCUGGAGCAGUACACCGCCUUCUCCCGCGUUUUCAUGAUGAGCCUCACAUCCUCGCUCCAUCUGACUCUCCGCACUUUUCAGGAGGAUGAGGUCCGCGUCGCUCGUGGUCUCGGCAAGACCGUCUCAGAGGUAAAUGCCGAGGAGGUCGUCGAGGAAAAGGCGGCAGAGAACAAGAAUACUAGACGCUGGAAGGUCGGCCUCGCCGGAGCUGCGGGCGCUGCCAUCAUUGGCGUGACUGGCGGUCUGGCUGCUCCUUUGGUCGCUGCUGGCAUCGGCACCGUCAUGGGUGGUGUUGGAUUGGGAUCUACGGCGGCAGCUGGUCUGCUUGGAACUCUCUCCUCCAGUGGUGUUGUCGUCGGCAGCUUGUUCGGCAUCUACGGCGCACGUCAGACGUCCAAGAUGAUGGACCAAUACGCCAAAGAUGUCGCCGACUUCGCAUUCUUGCCGCUGCAUGGUGAGAUGAAGGAUGAGUAUCGCGACGCCAAGGAGAUCCCGCCCAAGGACCGACGCCUCCGUGUUGUUCUCGCCCUCAGUGGCUGGCUGACCCAGAAGGAAGACGUUGUCAAUCCCUGGCGUUGCGUCGGCCACCAAGGCGAGGUGUACGCCGUCAGAUGGGAGGUCGCCAACCUGAUGAAUAUGGGUAACUCGCUCGAGACUGUCAUCAAGAGUACCGCCUGGAGUGUUGCCAAGAAGGAAAUCAUCACGCGUACUAUCUUUGCCAGUCUCAUGUCGGCCAUGUGGCCGAUCGGCCUUCUCAAGGUCAGCAAGGUCAUCGACAACCCCUGGAGUGUCGGUAUGGUCCGAGCCGAGAAGGUUGGCAUGAUAUUGGCUGAAGCCAUCAGCCGGAAGGUCCAAGGCGACAGACCCGUCAGCCUCAUCGGCUACAGUCUGGCUGCCCGCGCUAUCUACACCUGCUUGAUGGUCCUUGCUGAGCGUCGACAAUUCGGCCUCAUUGAGUCGGUCGUCAUGAUUGGCACGCCGGCUCCAUCUGAGAGCCGCGUUUGGCUUGCGCUGAAGAGCGUCGUCGCCGGUAGACUGGUCAACGUCUACUCGGAGAAUGACUACAUUCUUGGUUUCUUAUACCGCACAUCCAAUCUGCAGUUCGGCGUCGCAGGACUGCAACCGAUCCAGGGCGCAGACGGUGUCGAAAAUUACGACGUGAGCAACAUGGUUAGCGGCCACCUGAGAUACCAAUACAUGAUUGGCACCAUUCUCAAGAACAUUGGCUGGGAGGACCUCGAUUAUGCCCAGAUCGCGAGGGAUGAGGAGACACUCCACCUCAUGGACGAGAAGUACGGCCGAGACAAGAGCCAGAAGCCCACCUAUGUCGACCCGGACAAGGAGGCCGUCCAGAUUCAGGAGGAGGUCAAGCACAAGAACGACGCCAAGCUCGAGUCGAGAAUGAGCAAGAUGAAGAUCCAGGAUUAG